UCUCUUCUAUAUCUGUUAUAUAUUUUCGUUGCUCUCUGCUCUCUUUCCUUCAUGGCAGCAUGCGCAGUUGGUGAAAAUCGUAACGAAGCAUCCCUCAACAAGCAAGCCAAAAUGGCGGUUCCCCAUUACGACGUCGAGCAACAAACAAGCCAGAAGCUUGAGAAGGAUGAUUUAGACUACUCUCAGAGAGCACAGUGGCUUCGAGCUGCAGUCCUCGGAGCCAACGAUGGGCUGGUGUCCACAGCAUCACUGAUGAUGGGAGUAGGAGCGGUGAGACACGACAUCAAGGCUAUGAUACUAACUGGGUUUUCCGGAUUGAUUGCCGGAGCCUGUAGCAUGGCAAUUGGGGAGUUUGUUUCUGUUUACUCUCAGCUCGACAUAGAGAUGGCUCAGAUAAAGAGAAUGAAGGAGAGUGUCAACAAUGGAGAUCAGGAAGAGAGGACGACAGAGCGCUUGCCGAACCCCAUCCAGGCAGCUGCAGCAUCAGCGUUUGCGUUUUCGGUUGGAGCAUUGGUUCCACUCCUGGCGGCAUUGUUUGUAAGGGAGUAUAAGGUGAGGUUGGGUGUGGUGAGUGCAGCUGCUAGCUUGGCGCUGUUGGUGUUUGGAGGAGUUGGAGCAGUGUUGGGGAGAGCACCAGUUGUGAGGUCGUGUCUGAGGGUAUUGAUUGGGGGAUGGCUAGCCAUGGCUAUUACUUUUGGAUUAACCAAAUUAAUUGGAUCUAGUGGUCUGUAGAAGCCUACAAUUAAGGUGUUUAUUUCCUUCUUUUGUUGUUGUGUUGUUUGUUGUCAGAUACGUUAACAUUAAUGGAGGGUUGAAGGAGGUUCACUUGAUGAUCAUGGAUUUGGAGGAGGAUUCGUGUCCCUUUUUAUGAGCAGAAGUGGUUUUUUUUUUUUUUUCUUUUUGAUCUUU